UACAGUAAUUUAUGAACAUUUAUGUUAAUAUACAUUAAUUUUAUUAAUUUUUGCACAUUACUGGUCCGCUAUGAUCACCGAAAAACCAAAAAUAAUGAAAAUCAUCACUAUUCCGUCACCUUCGUCCCGCAACGCCAUUUUACGCCAUAUUGAAUCUUUGUGUUUAUAAGUUUGCGGCGCCCCGCUUCACUCUUCGGGUUUACGCGAAUUUUCCCGUUUAUAAACAAUAUCUGUGCCCCGAAACCGGUAAAAAUUCAUAGUUACGAUAGAGCUGAUCGUUUUUUGUGAGUUUUCACAUCGGAAAAACUCUGGGUUGUCCUGUGAAACGCGAAAAUUGAGUUGUGAACUUUUGUAAUGGCUACCUCUCGCGUCCCCCCGACGCCGUUGGGUGGACAAACGUUUUCCACAAUGGGAUUUUUGCGUUUUGCUCUGGAGAAAUCUUGUAGAAGCCAGUGAAUGAGAACAUGAAUAACGAUAAUCAGGGCAAUAUACAAAAUGCCCACGGGAAUAAUCCCAAUAAUGACAGGCAAAAUCCCAAUGCCAUCCCUACAGACCUCAGAGUUAAUACUACAGCUCUCAAUGCAGUAGCAUUAAGCAGUGUGGCGAAAUAUUGGGUUUUGACAAACCUGCUUCCAGGUCCUAUACCACAGGUGUCAGUUUAUGGCUUAUCUGGAGCAGGACGGGAUAAUCAGGGCAAACUCGCACAGGAUGCUGUAUUAAGCCAGCAUGCAGCAGGUCUUUUACAGGCAGAUCCUCAGUUAUUACUUCAGCAACAUGGUCAAAUUCCAGUUAGUAUUGCGACAGCUCAAGGAACCAUUGGUAUUCCUGCUGGGGCAAUUCAUUUAGAUGCUGCUCAUGCUUUAUCACAACAACAUGGGCAUCAACAGCAUGUAGAGCAUAAUCAAAUGAAUCGAGAAGUCAGAAUAAGUAAUUCUCAACAAAGUCACUCUCAACAACAAAAUCUGGUUCAGGUGCAGGUUAAUCAUGACAAUAUGGUAUCUGUAAUUGAUGAGAAUAACACCUCGGAAAAACACAACAAAGAAAUUUUACAAGCACAGCUUCAGCAAACAUCUCAGAUGCAGAUGUCUGACAGUCAAAUUAAUACACAAGUAUUGGCUUUGCAACAGUUGCAAGCUCAACAAGUACAGCAGGUAUUGGAUAAUGUUAUGCAAGUUAGGAUGGAAGAACAUAACCAGCCUCAGCAGCAAAAUCAACAGCAGCAGCCACAACAAUCUCACCAGGAACCUCAAAGUUCUAUGCAGGAAAAUAUACCAGAUAUGGUUAAAGAAGAGAAAUCUGUUCAGUGUAAAUUCCUGAAUAAUGCCCAGUUGGGUCUGCAGGAGGUUAAAGGGGGGAAUAUUAUGGAUGUGAGGACAGCUGAUGGCAGUAUAGUAAAAAUUCAAACAAAUAUGCAAGAACAAGAGCUGGUAAAGACUCUAGGGGUUGAAAUGGUACAAAACAUGUAUAAAGUAAAUGUUGAUGAACUGAAUCAGCUUCUAGCAUACCACGAAAUAUUUGGAAAACUGCAGACUCAAGGUGAAGUCCAAAAUAAUUCAUCACAAAACAUUUCCUCUUCUAACAACUCAAGUCCGAAUAAUAAUGUAAACAUUCAGCAGCAACAGCAGCCGCAGCAGCAACAGAACUCUUCUGUCUCCAUUAUCACAAAAGAGGAGCACGACGUACAAAAUCCAACUAUUCAGCCGAAUGAGAAUAAUGCCACAUCAGUAAUCACUGGUACUCACCAAUGUGAUUUGUGUUUAAAGAGUUUUCAGUUCAGAUACCAGCUUAUUGUGCAUAGGAGAUACCAUAGCGAGAAGAAGCCGUUUACUUGUCAGGUAUGCGGAAAAGCAUUUCAAAACAGUCAAGAACUGACGCGACAUGGAAAGUGCCAUCUGGGAGGCAGCAUGUUCACGUGCACGGUAUGUUUCCACGUAUUUGCCAACGCGCCCACUCUGGAGAGGCACAUGAAACGCCACUCCGCCGAUAAGCCUUAUGCUUGCCAAACGUGUGGUAAAACGUUCGCCAGAAAGGAACAUCUAGAGAACCAUAUAAGGUGCCAUACGGGAGAUACCCCUUAUAGGUGUCAGUUUUGUGGCAAAAAUUUCACUAGAAAGGAGCAUAUGGUGAACCACGUUAGGAAACAUACAGGAGAGACCCCACACAGGUGUGAAAUUUGCAAAAAGUCAUUUACAAGAAAAGAACAUUUUAUGAAUCAUGUGAUGUGGCAUACGGGGGAAACCCCACAUUGUUGCACCAUCUGCGGUAAAAAGUAUACUAGGAAGGAGCAUUUGGCCAACCAUAUGAGAAGUCAUACAAAUGAUACACCUUUUAGAUGUGAGAUCUGCGGAAAAGCUUUUACCAGAAAGGAGCACUUUACCAAUCACAUCAUGUGGCACACUGGGGAAACUCCUCAUAGAUGUGACUUUUGUUCGAAAACGUUUACCAGAAAGGAGCAUUUGUUGAACCACGUGAGGCAACAUACAGGGGAAUCGCCACAUAAAUGCAUGUUUUGUAGCAAAUCUUUUACGAGAAAGGAGCAUUUGACCAAUCACGUAAGGCAACAUACAGGCGAAACUCCAUUUAAAUGCACCUUCUGUCCAAAAGCAUUUACUAGAAAAGACCAUCUUGUGAACCAUGUGAGGCAACAUACCGGAGAGUCUCCACACAAGUGCACUUACUGUACAAAGUCUUUCACUAGGAAGGAACAUCUGAAUAACCAUGUGAGGCAACAUACAGGGGAAUCGCCGCACAAGUGCCAUUUUUGUUCAAAGAGUUUCACUAGGAAGGAACACUUGACGAAUCACGUCCGGAUUCAUACUGGCGAAUCUCCCCAUCGUUGUGAAUUCUGCGGUAAAACAUUCACGAGAAAAGAACAUUUGACCAAUCACUUGAGGCAACACACAGGAGAAACGCCGCAUUGCUGCAAUGUCUGUUCGAAACCGUUUACGAAAAAGGAGCAGCUUUUAGUCCAUAUGCGAUCUCAUACCGGAGAACGACCGUUCGCGUGUAACGAGUGCGGCAAAUCAUUCCCACUCAAAGGUAAUCUUCUAUUCCAUCAACGUUCUCACAACAAGGGCCAACAGGCCGAACGUCCGUUCAGAUGCGACCUGUGUGCGAAGGACUUUAUGUGCAAAGGACAUUUGGUGUCGCACAGGCGAAGCCACGGAGGUGAAAAACCGUUCGGGUGCACCGAAUGCGGAAAAUCGUUUGCGGAAAAAGGAAAUUUGGUGCGGCACAGUCGAAAACACGCCCUGGAUAGGGAGAAAGCUGAGCAGCGCGCUAUUGCUGCACAAGCUCAAGUGCCACCAACUUCACAACUGGCCCCACCACAGGGAAAUAUCCAAUUAGCUCAGCAACAACAACAGCAGCAGCAGCAGCCGGCUAACGGAAAUAUCGUUCAAGUGGGUCACAUGAUGCAUCAAGCCAAUCAUCAUUCGGUUGUCGUUCCUACUAACGCCAAUGUCUUGGCUUCUUACUAGAAUUUCGAUCAGUUUUGGAACCCUUCGUGAAUGUACGAGCGUUAUUUUUAACAAUAAGGUGUCUCUUUGUAUUGAUUUAUUGAAUCCGGUUUGUAGUCUUCAAAUGUUUGUGUAAUGCUUGUAACGUAAUGAAAUUUAUGUUGUACAGGUUGUUACAAAUGUUUUAAGGUUGAUAAAGUAAGGCUUUUCUUAUGUCCUAAAAUCAACCUAAAUAAAAAAUUAAUUUUGAAUUGGGGCUUCAACUAAAUGUGUCAAAUGUAGAUGUUGUGUCCAUUUAUUACCCUAAAAAAUUACAUUAUUUUUAUAUAAAAGGGUAUAUAAUUAAGUAUAUGAAAAAAAGUUUAAUUUUGAUCUAAUUGAUUUUAUGUAUUUUAUAGAUUAUUUGUAUUAAAUUUUGUAACACUCUGUAUAUUAAAUUAAUUACUCGGACGCGCAACUAUCAAAAAAAUCACGUCCAAACUUCUUAAAUUAAAUAAUUUACUUGUGAAGCACUGUUAGAUAGAUGCUUUGUUUUAAAAAUUACGAAUUCGAUUUAGUCAUAAACAGUUAGAUAGGAUAAUCAAAAAAAACUCAGGGAAGUUUAGUGGUAAAUAUUAUAGAAAGUAGUUUUACAGGAUGGUCACAAAUCCCGGGACUAACUAAAAAUAAAAUUUUUUCGGCAAAAUUCUUCUUUAUUACUCAACACAAUCUCCUUUAAGACAUUUAUUCGAACGCUUCUGUCUUUGCUUUCAAGGAUAAGCCUCAGUUUCGAUAAUCCCUUUUUUGUUGAAGCCAAAUAUCUUUUCUUCAAGGAAGGAAAGCCAGUAAAGCCAGUAGUCGCUAGGGGCCAAUUCAGGAUAUAAGUGUAUGGGUAAACAACGAAUUUAACGUGCGAUUUCGCCAUAGCUUUCACCGACCUGUGACACUGCUCUGAUGAAAAACAACAAUCACUUUUUUUUCUUCGUGUUUGGCUGAUAUUCGCUAAACAUUUCAAGGUAGUCAACGAUUGGAUUUGCAUGGGUAUCAAAAACCGAAUCAUUUCCUCUCACUCUUGCGUUUUUGGUUGUUUUGGACUGUUAACUCUGCUGUAUUCAUUGUAAAAAAUCCUUUUCAUUAUUUUGUUUUUGCGACUAUCCAUCAGGAUUUUCAAUGUUUUUCUUUUUAUCUGAGUUACAGUACAUUUGGACGAUUCAGGCAUUCAGUAUGACUUGCGGCUGUAGAAUUAUUUGAAAUCCCUAUAAAUUCUUGUUUUCAAGAGAGCAUCUCCUGAUAACAGUUUUCAAGGCAUUGCUCCCAUUAAAAAGCAAAGUUUUGUAUAAAAAAACUUAAAUUUUUUACUGAGUCAGUCUAGAGUCAAAUUGUUAUGACAUUUCAACACGUCUUAUUUGAAGACUAGUACUGAAAAUUGUGUUCGUUUGUCAAUAGUGGUACCAUCAGUUGGUUAGUUCCGGGACUUAUCAAUUUUGACUAAGAAUGCUCUAUUCUACAUCCCUUUGGGAUAGAGAUGCACCUCUUUUUCAACUUAUCAUCUAUUCCUGGCCAUAUUAGAAAAUCUGCUAUACAGGGUGUCCAUUUAUAAACUGACACAUUUUAACUGCUUAUAAGUCGAGAACGAAAAAUGACAACAAUGUGCGGUUUUCACAGAACUUCAUCAAUAUUUUUAAAGUUUUUUUUUACAGUGUUGCCAAGUUUCAAAAUUUACCUGAAAUAGGAGGAAAAAAAUUGAUGAUUUUCAAAGGCCGAUUUCUCAAAAAUUUUAAAUGUAACACCCUGUACUCUUUAAUUUCACAUGAAACCUGUUAAAUCCCCUUUCCGAAAAUGUAAAAAUUGUCUUAAAUUCAUUAUUUUUUUUGCAGAGCUAAUUUUAGUAAAUGACAUCUUUUUGAAAAUUUGCCUACAAUAAAUACCUAUUAAAUACCAUUCUCGGUAUCAAGUGACAACAAUAACAAUUGUAGCUUGUCAAGGAGGCUUUGAGUUGCACAAUUUGUUUUGUGGGCUUCAACUACUGUCAAAUCUUUUUAACGUCAUUCAUUGGGCAGUCCCAAUAAUUUGAUUUCUAUAUGUAGUUUUGCAUUUUUUAAAGAUUUUGAAAGGUUUACAUAUGUUUACCACCCGGGAAAAGGCACAAAUAAUUAAAAUUAAUUUCUUCAAUUAUUUGUUGUUAAAAUUGUUAUAAUUUAAUACAUAGAAUAAAUACUUUUUAUAGACAUGGCAAUAGCGCAAAUUAUUUAAUUAUGCUCAUGCUAAAGCGAUACAUAGGCAAUUACCAGAAAAUGUUCAUCAUUCACCGAAUAUGUAUUCUAGGAAAAUUUUCAAAAAGGUGUCAUUUACUAAAAUUGGCUCUGUAAAAAAAAUAAUGAAUUUAAGAAUUUAAGACAAUUUAUACAUUUUCGGAAAGGGGAUUUAACAGGCUUUCAUGUGAAAUUAAAAAGUACGGGGUGUUACAUUUAAAAUUUUUGAGAAAUCGGCCUUUGAAAAUCAUCAAUUUUUUUCCUCCUAUUUCAGGUAAAUUUUGAAACUUGGCAACACUGUCAAAAAAAACUUUAAAAAUAUGGAUGAAGUUCUGUGAAAACCGCACAUUGUUGCCAUUUUUCGUUCUCGACUUACAAGCAGUUAAAAUGUGUCAGUUUAUAAAUGGACACCCUGUAUUACAAGUAACUUGUUGAUUGACAACAACUUUUCUUGUUCAAUAAUUAUUAAACAUAAUAAUUAUUUACCACAUUUAAAGGUUUUGUACUGUGUCUGAAAAAUAUAUGUGUACCAUCAGUUGGUAAGUUCAGGAAUUUUAUUAAUACUGACUAGGAAUGCUCUGUUUUAAUUGCAUUUGUAAUGGUGAUGCAUCCCCUGAUUAGCUUCAGUUCAUCAAUUGCUGGCCAUAUUAGAAAAUCUGUUAUACAAGUAAAUUAUUAAACAAAAAAAGGUAAUUUUUUUCAUUAGUUUAUGUGGUUGCGAAUAUACUAAGUAGUUUGAUUUAAAUUUCAUAUAUUAUUAUAGCUUAAUGUGAUUUUACUAAAAUUCAACUCUAGUAAUUCUCAAGAAACAUUUCAUAUAGGACUGAGAGCCAAUAAUAGGUGUAAAACUACGAUUGUUGCGGUUCCAAAACUGAAACUUGUGAUAUAAUUAUAUAUAAAUUUGAGACUUCCCUCUCUAAAAAGUGUAAAUUCUGCCAGUGAAAAUGACUUGAUGCACCUUGUUAUCUUAAGUUUUAUUUUUUAAACGUAAUUUUAGUGCAAUAUUUUUAAAAUUAAAAAUUGGGAUCAAAUAUUUCUACUUGUGGCACGUAACCCGGUGUACAAAGUGUUCCAAAUUGAGGCUUUUUUUUAAUUGUGUUUUAUAAAGGCUUAUAAGUAACGUAUUUUUUCAUUUUAAUUAAAGGUUAGCUUGAUAGGGAUAUCAGAGUAUUGUAAAUAUUUUUAUUGAUAAGAGUUCUACUUAUAUUUUCCUUUUUUAUUUUAAAUAUUAUAAGAGUAUUGUUUUUAUUAUAUUAUAAAUUAGAAAUAAAUUGGACUUAAAAGUAUAAUAAAUUAUUUAUUAAUAAAAA